GGCUUCCUGGUCAAGAUGAGCAGUGAUGUCAUUCAACUGGUGCUGAAGCUCCCUCAUGUCCAAUACGUGGAGGAGGACUCCUUCAUCUUUGCUCAGAGCGCCCCCUGGAACCUCCGCAAGUUACUGAAGCCUUACCCUGGCAGCACCUUGGAAAACGCAACGUACAAUCCGCCCAAUGACGGCGGCAUGGCGAAGGUUUAUCUGAUGGACGGCGGCGUUCGGGGUUCUCACAGGGAGCUGCAAGGACGAGUGGUCGCCACAGAUUUCAGCGAGAUCCUGGAGGAAGAUGCAGUCAAAGUACAUCUCCAGGCUAGUCGAUGCAACAGUCAUGGCACGCACGUAGCAGCCGUGGUGAGCGGGGCGGACUCGGGUGUGGCCCGAGGUGCGGGCGUCCACUUGGUGCCGGUGUUCAACUGUCAUGGGCGAGGUUCCGUGUCGGGGGCUCUGGCAGGCUUGGACUACAUUCGGGAAAGCGUACGUGGGCGUUCAACUGUCGUGUUGCUGCCUUUCGUCGGCGCCUUCAGCCGCUCGCUGAACGUGGCCAGUCGUGAGCUGGUGGCGAGCGGCGGCGUGGUCGUGGCUGCAGCCGGGAACUACCGAGACGACGCCUGCCUCUACUCGCCGGCAUCCGAACCUGAGGUGAUCACUGUGGGGGCGGUCGAUGUUUUGGACCGGCUGGUGGCGCAAGGGGCGGGCGGCACCAAUUUCGGGCCGUGCGUAGACCUAUUUGCGCCCGGUGAUGACAUCAUCGGCGCUAGCAGCGAAUGCGACACCUGCUUCACGGCCCGCAGCGGAACCUCACAAGCGGCCGCGCACGUGGCAGGCAUCGCGGCAGUGAUCCUGUCAUCCAAUCAGAAAGCGUUGCCACUGCAGGUCCUUCACACAAUGUUACGCUCCUCCACCGGCGGUACCGUGGACGUCCGCCCGCUUUUGGGAACGUAUCGCCUUACCACCCCUAACCUGGUGGCCGCCAUGCCACCUCCUGUCAACAACACAACAAGUGGGGGGCUUCUGUGUCGCUCUGUGUGGUCAGAGAGGCCCGGAGCCUCCGGUGCAGACCAGACCAUCCCCAAGACAAUUGUUCGUUGCCGUCGGGGGGAGCUGAUGAUGGGCUGCAGAAGCUACCAUCCACACAGAAGCCGACCAGGACAAGCCAUUCACGUAAAACCUGCCGAUGUGAUGGAGUGCGAGGCCCGUGGGGCAGUUCACGCCGUGGCCCGCUGCUGCGUGACGGACGGCCUGCCACUCCACUUAUCAGGCUCCGAGUGCAGAGUGUCAGAAUCGGGGGUCCGCCCUUCCUGUCCUCCGGGCUGGACCCCGACCGAGUGGAGGCCCGUUGCCGGGGGCGACGCCAAGAGGGCCGACGCCGAGGGGGUCACCGUCUGCUGUCGUAGCAAAAGAGUGUAAACUUGUGUACCUAAUGAUGCGGCCAAUCAGCAGCAACGAGCAUGUAAUAAAAUCAAGCAAUCAAAUGGAACACUUGAUGAGGCGGCAAUCAACUUGAUUGCAGUCGCCCUGAUUAACAUUUAAGACUGCAUGUGGCUUUUUAGAACUUAACUUCACGGCGGUAACUGUUGUUCAGUUCAAGCCUGAUUAUUAUAUUUAUGUCUUACUGGAAUUAUUCAAAAUUUGUUUUUACAUUACAAAUUACAUUAGACUACUGUCACCAUUCUCUGCGAUCUAAAAUUCUUAAAAAUGUUUAACAAAGAUAACAUUUAAUAGAAUGAAUAAUAUCAAUUUCCCUCAUAGUCAAAGUAAAUGUAAUCCAACUACUGGAGUGCAUAAUACUGCAUUUAUAAACAUCCUGUUACAUUCAUACCACCCAAACUCAUUUUUGUCAUCAAUAAAGCGUGCCGCAAUAUUCCGACCUAUGCUUUGGGAGGUCAAAAUAUGAGAUAAGCACUUAAUUGAAUCAAGAAAAAAAAAUAAAAAAAAUAGUCUGAUCAAAUGGCAGCUGUUUGUGUGCACUGCAGGUAAGCGAGGGACACAAUCUU